UUUUUUUUUUCUUUUUUUCCAGGAUUGCUCUUCCUGGUGGAGCGAUAAAAAGCAGGACACAUUUCUUACAAGGGGUAUUUUUCUGUUCAGCUUGCCAGAGAGCUAAUUGCAGUAUACGCUAGAGGAUUAUGGCUAGAGGCGGAAUGAGGGGCAGAGGAGGCAUGAAUCGAGGAAUAGGUGGCAGACCACCAUACAAGGUGAAGAUGUUUCUUCCCCGUCAUCCCUUCGACUUGGCUUUGUGUGAAUCAUCUUUUCCUAGGACGAAACCAGCAGCCGAAGAAACAGCAUUCACACAAGCUCUGCUUAAACGCAACAGUGACUUGUCUCCUACACCAGUCGAACAAACUGCUAUUUUGAAUCUCGUGACGAAGAUACAGACUGUUUUGGAUAACCUUGUGGUCGCGCCUGGAAACUUUGAUGCCUGUCAAUUGGAUGAAGUGCGUCAGGUUGGAUCGUUCAAGAAAGGCACCAUGGUUACUGGAUCGAAUAUAGCUGAUAUUGUAGUAAUCCUGAAAACUCUACCCACUAAAGAAGCUGUUGACGCGCUCGGGAAUAAAGUAAAGGAAGACCUGAAGAAUCUGAUGAAAAAUGAAAUCGUACCCAAAGGCGAACAACUCGUACACGCAACCAACGAGAGAGGUUUGGAAAUUAAGAACACAUUUGCUUGUGUGCGAGUCCUCGUUACCACACUGCAUCACAACAUUCGCAAGUUGGAUCCGGAAAUCCAUUUAGACCAGAAGAUUAUGCUUAGCCACCUUGCAGCAAUUCGUCACAGCAGGUGGUUUGAAGAAAAUGCCCACCAUUCUUCGAUUAAAGUUUUAAUUCGUUUACUGAGGGACGUGAGAACGAGGUUUGAAGGUUUUGAGCCACUAACACCAUGGAUGUUGGAUUUGCUAGCUCAUUUUGCAAUUAUGCAUAAUCCCAGCCGCCAAGCCCUACCAAUCAAUGUAGCAUUCCGCCGAGUUUUCCAACUUCUAGCUGCUGGACUAUUUCUUCCCGGUUCCGCUGGCAUUACUGAUCCGUGUGAGGGUGUCAGUCUUCGAAUUCACACGGCCAUCACACUCGAGCAGCAAGAUAUCUGCUGUUUAACAGCCCAGACCUUGUUAAGAGUCCUAUCACAUGGUGGCUUCAAGCAGAUCUUAGGAAUGGAGGGAAGUAGCAACAUUGCUAAAGAAAUGUCUAUCUGGGAAGGCGUUGUAGUUUCCCCAUUGGAUAAAGCGUACGAGAAUCCCCCAGAGCGAAAAGAAGGAGAAGACGAUGAUGAGAUGGAGGAAGGAGAUGGUGACGAAAUAAUGGAAAUACAGGAGGCAUAAAAUCGUCGAUUGUAUUAUUAUGUAACACAGUAGGUAUAAUUUAUUGGGUCAUUUUCUUAGUAUCGAUCUGAAUUCAAUGUCGGGCCGCUUUAGCACGGAAUAUGUAUCGAUACAUAAUUUGGAUUAUAAUUUUGUGGUAUUGAACGAAUUUUUUUUUGUGAUUUUUAACACGGAAUAAGCGAAACAAAUUACUGUUUAUAAGUGAUAUCUUUAGAGGUCGGGUUUAAUUUCGAUUUUUGGCACCCGCAUCUUUUUAUUUAUGCGUAGAUGAGUUUGCAAAUUUAUUUAAGCGUGUAACGGGCACUUUACGAUUAAUUACUCUAUAUCUUUUGUUAACGUUAUGUUAUGGUUUCUAUCAUACUGUGGUCUAAACAGCAGUACAUACAAAUUAUGAUAGGCUGAAGUGUCUGCUUAUUGGUUUUCGUAAUCGUAAAUUUCUUUUAUAGUUAAAUUAAAGCGAAACUGCUGCAAACCCGCUUGCAUCAUUUGACGAAUUCAAUGUUUUAUUAAAUUAAGAAACAUUUUUAAACCAUAAAAUAUGAAUUUCCAAUUCAAAUCAGUUGAAUUAAAUUAUACCAAUGUCAAGUUACUGUAACGUAAGUUGGUGUUUUAUUAGCUACUUUUUUUAUAAGCCAAUGGGUCAUUUAUCACAUAAUAUUUACAAUAGUGUCGAUAUGUGAAAUCAUUGAUGUGUGUUUGUCACUGUUAGUAAAAUAAUACAUGAUCGAAAGCUA